UCGAGUAAGUCGUAAUUAUUAUUCGUGUUAUGUAAUUAUUUCGUAAUUUGAAAAAAUAAAAUUUCUUAUUAUUGAAAAAAAAAACUUAAUAUUUCGUGAUUAAUUUAAAAAAAGUAUACAUACUUGAAAACAUCAAACGUUUUUUGCUUUCCUUUUAAAAUUUUUUGAAAAAAAAAAAAUUAAAAUAUAAAAAAAUACUUAUUAGAAAAUUAUUCACUCGGCCACGGUCAGUCAGUCAAGCCUAAUUUGUAUUGGAGUGUGGCAUAGCAUGGCAUAAUUUCUUUUCUGUUUUCUUAUAGAAGCACAUGCAAUUAUACGCGGAAUUAAUUUAAAAGUGAUUUUUAUUUUGUUUAUAAUAAAGAAGAAUUUAAAGUAUGCAACAAAAUACCAUAAAAAAAGAAAAAAUUAAUACAACAUUGCCCACUAUUUAAGGCAAUUUAAAAAAUUAUAUGCUAAAUGUGAAAAAAAAAAAAGUUGGAACAAAAAACCAUCACAUCAAAUUUAAGAAAAUAAACUUAAAUAAAAAUUUUUAAAAUAAAUAGAAUUUUUUUUUCAAAAAAUAAAAAGUAAGAGAAAUGUGAAAUCCAUGUGCUUCAAAAUAUUACAAAGAAAAAAAACAGUAAAUAACACUAAAAUUUUUAAAAAUAAUUACGUAAGUAAUUCGAAUGUGAAAACACAUGUAUGCAAAUAAAAGUAUACUACAAUCUUACAUGUAAAUAAAGCAAAAUGGGAAAACGACAAAUCACAUUAAUAUUGAAAUAUUUCCUAAUAUUUCCACAAAUAAUUCAAAUAAUUUAUGGAUAUGAAGAGUUUGGCCAGCGAUUGGAUUACAUAAGUUUACCAUAUAAAGAAACGAAAAAUAUAACAUGUGUUGCACAUGAUGCAUCAUUUAUCUGUGAUUGUCAUAAUGUUGACGAAAAUUUGUUCCUUCCACAAUUAGAUGGAAAUGUAUUUCAAGUAUUAGUUAGAAACUGUGAAUCAAUAGAAGUUGGGCCAUAUUUACUAGAGAAUGUUCAAGGAUUAAGAACAGUAACAUUUCAAAAUAUUAGAGAUCUCAAAUUAAACCAAAAUUCAUUGGCGUACCAAUCAAUAAAUGGCUAUCGGAGGCUAACAUUUGAUCAAGUGCAAACAAUUGAAAUAAAUUCACACGCUAUAAGCGGAAAUAUUGAAGAAAUAAUUUUUCAAUCAAGUGGUAUACAAAAUAUCCAACCUUAUGGUAUUACAACAAAAUCAUCUAAUGGAAUUAUAAAAUUUGAUUCAACAUAUAUUGAUGUAAUAGAUCGACAUGCAUUUAAGAAAUUUACCAUGGAACAGUUGAUUAUUACGAAUACAGUUUUAACAUCAAAUCUACCAUCACAAAGUUUUUAUGAAAUUAAAACUCAACAACUCUUAAUACAAAAUGUUACAUUUAAAGAAGUUUACUUUAAUGCAUUCCAUUUCGAAGAAAUUAGCAUGGCAGUAAUACGAGAUAACAAUUUUAUUAAAGUUAACAGUGAUUGGAUAUCAGCUGGUAUCAAAUCUGGUGUAAUAAUUGAAAAUAAUAAUUUCGGCGAAACAAACCGAUUAGCUUUUGCCGGAUUGUACCAACACAAAGAUUAUGUAAAGAGUACGAAAAUGGAAUUACGUCUUAAUGAAAAUAUAAUACGACAAGUUUUAAAUUAUAACGAAGAUGUUCAACCAUUAAAAUUAGAUGAUAAUUUUAAUAUAAUGAUAAGAAACUUAACAUAUUUAAAUAAUUUUCCAUGUCAUAUAAAGGAUAAAUUAGAUAAGAAUUCAUUUUAUAAAAUUUUUUCUGAUACAGUUUAUUUUCAAAGUAAAACUGAGCCAAUUAAAUUACAAUCAGUCAGAAGAAUUUUAGAAACAGAAUGUGAAGAAAUAUCAUAUUUACCUUAUAUAAUAGGCGGUUCAGUAGCUUUAAUUAUUUUAUUAAUAUUAAUUACAGCUCUUAUAAUAUGGUAUAUAAUGAGAAAAAGAGCAGCCCAAAAAUUAAAUAUAAAUAAUCCAGAACCAAGAACAUAUGAGGAAACUCAAAUAGUAUUGAAAGUAGAAAAUGCUGGACUCUUAAAGACUGAUUUGUAAAAAAAAUUUCCACCACAGAUUAAUUAUGUAUAAUUUUGUUGCACAAUAAAAGGCAAAUACACAUACAUAAAAUCGGAAGACAAAAAAAUCUGUUAAUAAAAAAUUCAUUUUAUAAUAUUUGUGAUUGAUAUUUAAAUAUUGAAAUUUUAUAUUGUAAAAUUUGUGUAUGAAUUGAAAUUAAAAUAGCAAUAAUUAAAACUAAAGAUUAAAAUACGUAAGUACCCUGAAUACUUUAAUAUCAUAAAACUAUAAUUAUGUAACUAUUAAAAAUUGUAAAUUAUAUAAGUAUAAUAAUAUUUUAAAUUGUUAAUAAUCGUAGAGCAGAAUUAAACGUUAAGAGUUUCGAAUUUUUUUGAAUAUAAAGUUCUCUCUCUUUUCCUAUUAUAAAUUAAAUUAAAUAAUGUAUAUACAUAGUGUAAUGUAUUAAUUAAUUAAAGUACAUUUUUAUGAAUUUUAAGCUUGAUUGUAAUAUUAUGUAUAAU